AUGACAGCCUUUAGCAUUGUUAUUCAACCUCCUGCUCGAGCUCAGGUCUCGACCAUCCUGCAUCCACCUCUCGUUGCGGAGUUAAACUUCAGAGGAGCCGUGACUGGCCACUAUUUCUUCGCCAUGGCCUUCUUACUUACGAGAGAAGGGAACAUUGUUGAGGGAGGCUUGUCGGGGACCACUUCGGUGAACGGCGUCGAUGUAACUACACCUGGAGCCUCGAGAACAACAAUCCAAUUCCCAUACACAGACCUUGCUAUCCUAGUCGAAGGCGCUUACAAAAUCAGAGUCGACAUUUACAAGGUUGCCUAUGACAACCCAGACGGUUAUGAUUUUCAAGCGCACGCCAAGAGCAGCCGUGUGACAGUCGUCAAUGAAGCGGUGCCGGCUGUAAGUGCUGGUUCCGCUGAGCGCAGCAUCAUCCGGGCUCUCCAGGCCGCUGGGGUCUACAUCCAUUAA